AUGGGAGAUAGAGACUGGAGACCGUUUAUUUACGGCGGCCUAGCGUCGAUCGUUGCCGAAUUCGGUACCUUCCCUAUUGAUACCACCAAGACUAGGCUUCAGAUUCAGGGUCAGAAAAUUGACCCUCGACAUGUGAAGUUACGAUACACGGGCAUGGUUGAUUGCUUUGUGAAAACUUCUCAGCAGGAAGGUGUCAAGGCUCUUUAUUGUGGUAUAUGGCCAGCUGUACUCCGCCAGGCGACAUACGGAACGAUAAAGUUCGGCACAUACUACUCACUGAAGAAGUACCUGGCAGCGCGGCGAGCUGAUGGAGGCAGCAAGGAGCACCUCGCCACCAACACAUUCUGUGCGGCCUUCGCGGGUGGACUGUCCAGCGCGAUCGCCAAUCCCACUGAUGUGCUUAAAGUUAGAAUGCAAGUGGGAGAUGAAAAACGAAACUUAGUGCGAUGUUUCAUAGACAUCUAUAGGUUAGAAGGUAUAAGGGGGUUGUGGCGGGGGGUGGGGCCCACGUCGCAGCGCGCCGCCCUCAUCGCGGCCGUGGAGCUGCCGGUGUACGACUCGUGCAAGCGGAGGCUCAUGGUGCCUCUCGGGGAUGUCCCGCUCAACCACUUCCUGUCCAGCUUGCUGGCGAGCUUGGGCAGUGCGGUCGCUAGCACCCCCUUAGACGUUAUAAGGACGCGAUUAAUGAACCAAAGAAAAAUUAAGGAUCACAUAGCGAAAAGUAGUGAGAGGAUAUAUAAAGGGACCAUAGACUGUUUUGUUCAGACGGUGCGCAACGAGGGCUUGCUGGCGCUGUACAAGGGGUUCGUGCCCACGUGGCUGCGCAUGGGGCCCUGGAACAUCAUCUUCUUCAUCACCUACGAGCAACUCAAGGGCUUCUAC